GACUCUGGACGUAAAUCCGAGACGUCAAGACGGUAACCAACAAUGGCCGUAUUAUCCCCGUUACAGGGGUUACAUUACCCGGUAUUCGAGGGUAUCACGUGUCCAGAGAGAAGAUGACGAGAAGCGGAGAACGGCCCGCCACAGGCUGAUCAUCCACAUCAUCAAGAUGUGCGUCCUGCUGCUUCUCUGGGCUGCCUGCUCCAGCAUUGUAUUUUUGUUUGCGGAAGAGAACAAGCCGGAAUCUAUGACCGUCAUGGUGAUGCCCAAUGAGACGGCUGUAAGGAAGAUUGAAUUGCACGGUGACGGUGUCACGGUCACACUACGUGGACCCAUAGAUAGCUAUCUUAUGAGGUUUCCGGAAGAGGAUGAGGGAAAGUACGGCGUGGGAUUGCGGGUGGAGUGGCGCAGCUCCGAUCUAAAUGUCACCCACAGCCAGACGAGUAUGUGGAACAUCGUCAUGACCAGCGACCCCAACAUGUACGACGAUGUGUCCAAGACCUUAAGGCUUGAACGAGCUGGCGGGGAUGGUGCCCAGGCAGUGGUGUCCCUGAUGAGCCGGAGGGAUUCUCCGUUAUCCCUGUUAUUGGAAGUAAGCACAAGCCCCCCGAUUCCGGAGAUAAGCGUGGUGUAUGCAGGUCUCCUGAUCCUUGGACUAUAUCUGCUGAUCAUUUUCGACAUUAUAGACCACACCUUCGCAGCUCUUAUAAUUGCCACCACCUCCGUUGCCAUUCUCGCCAUCAUGAAGCACCGGCCCAGCGUGGAUCACGUUGUCUCCUUUGUCAACUUCGAGCCCCUCAUGUUGCUUUUCGGACUCAUGACCAUUGUGGACAUAAUGACGACCACCGGAGUCUUUGAUUACCUCGUCGUCGCGACUUACAGGAUAUCCAGGGGUCGUCCCUGGCCCCUCAUAUUUUUCCUGAGCAUGCUUACCGCCUUUCUCUCCGCCCUGCUGAACAGCGACAUCAUGGCCGUGGCCCUGACCCCGAUAACGAUUCGGCUGUGCGAGGAGAUGUCCCUGCGCACGACUUACGUCCUGAUCGUCAUGGCUAUAUUCGCCGAAAUGGGCGGUGCUCUAACUCCAAUGGGAAACCCGCCCAAUGCCAUCGUGAUUACCAAUCCCGCGGUGAUGGCAGAGGAUGUGGAUUUCGUCGAUUUCAUCCUUCACAUGAGUCCCGGCGUGUUGGUCGCCAUGUUCGUGGUCUUUGGAUUGGUCUAUGUGACCCACAGGAAGACGAUCUUUGUGCUGGACGAACGUCAGUUGGAAGUGAUGGAGAGCCGACCCAAGAAAGAGCCACCAAAUGAGGAGACCCUGGCUCGCAUAGCUCAGCUCAAGCAGAGGCAGCCGGGCAGGUUUUGGCUCACGCCCGUGGAAAAGUAUCCGGAAACGUUGGCCGGAUUGGAGGCCGACAGCAAGAUCAGAGACAAGCCGCUGCUGAUCAAGUGCUGCAUCGCUUUGGUUUUCGUCUUUAUCUGCAUGAUCCUGCACUCCAUUACCGAUGUGUUACCUGGUGCCUCCAUGGGCUGGGUCACUCUCCUAGCCGCCUUCCUGCUUAUUAUCCUGGACGACAAGAACGACCUGAACGCCACCCUUGGCAUAAUCCAGUGGACACUCCUUCUAUUCAUCGCCGCUCUGUUCGUUUUGGCGGAGGCCAUGGAUCAACUGAAAUUCUUCGAGUGGGUGGGGAAAUGGUCGGUGGAUUUCUUGGAAAGCUUACAGCCGCAAUACCAGACAGCGGUGGCAACUAUGAUGGUACUUUGGACAUCUGCCCUCCUAUCGAUCCUCAUUGACAACGCCGCCGUCACGAUCUUCAUGCUGAAGCUCACCUUCCAGAUGGCCAGCAAGGAAAACAGCCACCUUUCUCCACUGAUCUGGGCCCUGACAUUCGGCGCCUGUUUCGGGGGCAAUGGAUCCCUGUUUGGCGCCGUGUCCAACGAGAUCAUCGCAUUGAUCGCCCUUCAGCAUGGCUACAAUAUAACCUUCUUUCACUUUUUCAUCGUCGGAUUCCCAAUGAUGCUGGUCAUCCUGUCGAUCAGCUCCGUCUACGUUCUGCUCGCGUAUGCGGUCUGGAAUUGGCACUGAAGUCGCGCUUUUUAGGUUUCGACUUGGCAAACGAUGCUCUGGGAACUCAGAAAAGAAUGUAUAUAUUGUAUAUACUAUGUCUAUAAACAUGUAUUGCUUAUGUGGGUGCUGCCGAGACCAAUAACAGUAAAAAAACUAACUUAUAGCAUCUUUUUAAUGAGUUUCUGAGGUG